AUGAUCAACGCCGUCCUGGUUUUCAAUAACAAUGGCCAACCGCGUCUGACCAAAUUCUACACACAACUGGAUACUGCUGUUCAGCAACGUCUGAUUUCUGAAAUCUUUACCCUGGUUUCUGCCCGGCCAUCAUCAGCAUGCAACUUCCUACCACUGCCACCUCUUCUCGCUCCGGCUCAGUCGGCAGAGGCAGUAUCGGAUUCUCACAACGACGUUCCAUCUCUGGUCACUUAUCGCCAUUAUGCCACUCUUUACUUCAUCGUCAUCAGCACUAGCACCGAGUCUCCUUUGGCUCUGCUCGAUCUGAUCCAAGUCUUUGUUGAGUCACUGGACAGGCUCUUCGAGAACGUUUGCGAACUGGAUCUCAUCUUCAACUUCGAAACGCUACAUGCAGUCCUGGGCGAAAUGAUCGUUGGUGGUGUCGUGAUUGAGACAGGCUUGGACAAGGUGGUACAAGGAGUGAAGGCACAAGGAAAGGUCGCUAAGCGGCCUGUCAACGAAGGCAGUCGCACUGGUGGUCUUGGACCUGGUAUCUGGGCGGGCAGAUGA